GCAGUGAGACUCAUUCCUUCAGGAGAAGUGGUAAAAGUCAACAAAGAUGAUUUCCUUUCAACUAAAGUGGAUUCUAUCCUUUGUGCCCUCGGCUGUCUUUUUCCUUCUGCUCGUUCUGCCUGAAUACAACAGCGCCAAAGUCAAAACCAAAGUCAUGCUAGAAGACUGUCUGAAUGACACGGACUAUCAAUCGCUGUUCGACACUCUGGAGGAAGGCCUUCCCACAACAAACACAAGCCAUCACGUGGCCAUCGUUGGAGCCGGCAUGGCCGGACUGACCGCCGCCAAACUCCUGCAGGAUGCGGGAUACAAGGUUACUGUUCUAGAAGCUAGUGAGCGAGUCGGAGGACGAGUUCACACGUACAGGAACAAAGAGGAGGGCUGGUAUGUGGAGCUGGGGGCCAUGAGGAUCCCAUCUAGUCAUCGCAUUCUUCUCUCCCUCAUUAAUAAACUGAAACUCCCAACCAACCCCUUCAUCAUGGACGAUCCUCAGACCUUCUACUAUGUGAACGGAAAGAAGAUGAAGACCCAUGAGGCUCAGCAGAACCCCUGCGUCCUGGGCUACAGAGUACCAACGGAUCUGUGCAACCAAACAGCCAGUGAAAUACUGGACGAUGCACUGAAGCCGGUGAAAGACACUGUUGACCAGAGUGGAUGCAGGACAACGCUAAAGAAGUUUGACCGUUACACUGUGAAGGACUAUUUGAUCCAGGAAGCCAAACUUGACAGUGAGACCAUCAGAAUGCUGGGAGAUCUGUUGAACCAAGACGCGCUUAUGUCACUGGCUCUGUCAGAGAUGAUUUAUACGGAGAACGAUAUCAGUGACGAUGUAACGUAUGUAGAAGUGACUGGCGGGACAGAUCUCAUUCCCACUGCCUUAUAUGGAACACUGGAAAAGACGGAGGUCGUCUUAAAUGCAGGUGUCAAAGAGAUCCAUCACUCAUCAGACGGGGUCACCUUGAUCUAUCAAGUGAACCAAGACGACUCACUGAAGUCUCUUAAGGCUGACGCGGUCCUGGUAACCACCACCGCCAAAGCAGCCCUUCUGAUGGACUUUCACCCUCCUCUGUCCACCAAUAAGAUUGAGGCCAUGAGGUCAGUCCAGUAUGGAGGCUCCACCAAAGUGGUCUUGACCUUCAGUGAGAAGUUCUGGGAGAAAGAUUUGAUCAACGGAGGAAAGAGCAUCACAGACCGAGCCUCUCGUUUCAUCUACUACCCGAGCCACAGCUUCCCUGACAACGACAACAUUGGCGUUCUCCUGGCCUCCUACACCUGGGCCGAGGACUCCCAAUUCCUGCUGGGUUUGACUGACAAUCAGCUAAAAGAACUUCUCAUGAAAGACUUGGUGGAGAUCCAUGGCGAUUACGUCCGGUCUCUCUGCACGGGGAUGGUGGUAAAGAAGUGGAGCCUGGAUCCUUACAGCUUGGGUGCAUUUGCUCUGUUUGGACCUUACCAGCACCUCCAGUACUCCAGAGAGCUGUUCAGGAGCGAGGGCCGAGUCCACUUCGCUGGGGAACACACAGCGUUCCCUCAUGGUUGGAUCGAAACAUCCAUGAAGUCUGCAAUCAGGGCAUCUAACAACAUUGCUAUUGAGUUAGAGGUGGUCCCUGACAAUGAUGCAGCCAGAGAUUAGCUCUGAGGUUUGAUUUAUAGCAGUAUGCAGUUCAUCACAUAUAUUCUUUAAUAUUCGUCUUUUUUAUUCAGUUUGUGGGAAAUCUCAAUGAUAUACAACUUAGUACUGUAGAUACAAGCUGAUCUACUUUAGUAAUUCUCCCACAUUUAGUUUUAAUGACGCAGGCUGCACUUUCACAGUCAUUCAGGCCCCUUAGAUUCAUGUUUUAUGUUCUUUGUUUAUCCUUUGGGUUCUCAGGGUCAAACGUUUUGCUUUAAAUUUAUCUUUAAGCUGCAACUCUUGAUUUGGUUAGAUAUAAAGUUGGUGUUUCAGUGUUAAACUCUGGGUGGAAGUGGUAUUUGUUUGCUUAAUAAACAUUUUUGUCCAUC